AUGGCAGCUCAGAAAAGAAAGUCUAUGUUAGUAGAGCCCUCUGCUAAACGUCCAAAGCUGGACAAGAACAGCAAACAAUCAUCAACGAAGAAGGAAAAAGAGGUGUCAGAUACAAAACAUGUUUCAAAUAAAUCAAAGGCUAUUCACUGUGCAGUGCAGGAGAAAACUGUACUCAAAACCUCUGUCAAAUCAAACAGCAACAGCACCAACGAAUCUGAACUAGGAAUGCGCAUGGCUACAAGAUCAUCAGGAUUCAAUUUGAAUAAUAAAACAACACCUGACAAAAAGGUCCAGCAGCAGCCUAAAUCUGCAAAAAAUAAGGAGGUUUGCCAGAAAAAACCUGUGCAAGAAAUUCCUAAGUCAAAAUGCAUAAUUGCGCCAAAUGAGCCAGUGAUGAGGAGAUCACAGAGACUGCAGCAGUUAACAGGUGUACAUGUACCAGCAAGAUCGCUGCGCAACAGAGAAGUUAAAGAAGAAAAACCCUUGGAAGUUAAACAAAGUAGUCAGACAAAAAAACGUGCUCCAAGUGUUGCAGCAGAAGGCCUUAAAUCUGCUAGAGAGAAAACGGAACAGAAAAACACAAAAAUAAAGCCAAGCAAUACAAAUGAGAGUAAAGAAGUACACGUGGAAGUGACCAGCUCUCUGAAAGAGAAAAAAUGUGAAGCAAACAAUGAAAAUUAUAAUUCCAACAGCUUUCAACACAACCUUCAAGGGUCAUCAUUAUGUCCUGAUGACAGUCUUGAGGAAGUUAAGAAAGACCAAAUGGGCACUCCUAUUCCUAGCAACACAAAGCAAGUGGAAACAGAUUCUCCUAAGCCAAAUUCUAAGACAGUAACUAAGGAAAAGCAACAAAUGCACCCGAACGUAAAAAACAGUACAAAACCUAAAAAGAUUUCACAGCCAACUGUAAGUGAAACAAAUGUGUCUGAUCAGCCAGAGAAUGAUGCGAAAUCCAAAAGGGUAAGCAUCCUUGAACUUUGUGAAGAAAUUGCAGGUGAGAUUGAGUCAGAUACAGUAGAGGUGAAAAAAGAUUCCCCUAAUGCUGAGUAUAGCAAAACAGAAGCAAAGCAUGCCAGCACACAGUUUCAGCAAAGUGAAUUGCUUACUCAGAAAGAGCCUGGUCAAAGUAGUCAAUGCAAACGUUUUUUCCCUAGCAAAAAAGGAAUGCCUGUCAAAUGCACUCUGAAUGGCAGAAAUAGCUCAUCAAACAAGAACUCUAAAUGGACCAAAAUUAAGUUACUGAAAGCUAGUAACACGAAGCAAAGUAACUUAAAUUGUGCAAAUACUCCCAGGCUUUUGUUGUUAAAAGAUUACCCUGAAGUUUCAGAAGCGAGUCAAACACCUGCCAAAGCGGAGCUUUUGAAGACACAGGGCAAGCCAUCAAUAACAAGACUCUCCGAGAAUGAAAGUGCUGGUUGUGUGCAGGAGAAAUCAGAUCUUUCAUCUGAAAGAUCUGGACCUAAAGAAGUGACAUUAGAAACAAAACAGCCUACAAAGAGAGGUGCAGAAAAUGGUUUGUUGCGUAAUUUGACAAAACAUUUAUGUGAGCCAAGACCAGAUGAGAACUUUCGAUUACAUUUGGAAUCAAGUCCAGAAAGUUCUCCAGUAAAGUAUGUUACAGCUCCUAAACCACCAAAACAAUUUAAAACAGAACCUGGAGAAAGUGAACCUCAAGGUUUGGCUCCCAAGCAAUUGACACAAACUGCCGUUACAAAUCAAACUUCGGAAACUGAGAACAGGGUUCCAUUGUCAAAUCCUUCAUUAGCAUCAAAAGGCAGUAACUUGUUACCAACUGAGGAACAUGUUCAGAAGCUAAAAGAAGCAGGAAAAGAUACCGAAAAGCAGAUUAUUAUAGAUGCAGGACAGAAGAGAUUUGGUGCUAUUUCCUGUAAUAUUUGUGGAAUGCUUUACACUGCAUCAAAUCCAGAAGAUGAAACCCAGCAUCUGCUCUUUCAUAACCAAUUCAUAAGUGCUGUAAGAUAUGUGGGUUGGAAAAAAGAGAGAAUUUUGGCUGAAUAUCCUGAUGGAAAGAUAAUAAUGGUUCUUCCCGAUGACCCAAAGUAUGCACUUAAAAAGGUUGAAGAAAUUAGAGAAAUGGUAGACAAUGACUUGGGAUUUCAGCAAGCUCCACUCAUGUGUUACUCUAGAACUAAAACUCUCCUUUUUAUUUCUAAUGACAAAAAAGUUAUCGGCUGUUUAAUUGCAGAACAUAUCCAGUGGGGCUACAGAGUUAUAGAAGAGAAGGUUCCAGAAAUCAGUUCAGAAAAUGAGAAAGUCAUAUUUGAAAGACAGAAAGCCUGGUGCUGUUCAACUUCUCCAGAGCCUGCUAUUUGUGGGAUUAGUCGAAUAUGGGUAUUCAGCAUGAUGCGUCGGAAGAAGGUUGCCUCUCGGAUGAUAGAGUGUCUGAGGAGCAACUUCAUAUAUGGCUCAUACUUAAGUAAAGAAGAAAUUGCUUUCUCUGACCCCACUCCUGACGGAAAACUCUUUGCAACACAGUACUGUGGCACCGGCCAGUUCCUGGUGUACAACUUCCUCAAUGGACAGCACCAGACUUAACUGCUCCUGAAGGAAUUCCCUUUUUACUGGGAGACUUCUGCCAGAAUGCACCUUCAGCAGAAGCCAGGGCCAUUUUUAUUAGUGAACUCAGGACUGGUAACAACCAAAAAAGGUUGUAUACUAUUUUAUUAAAAUUGUAAACAAUGCAGUAAUAGGCUAACUUUGUUUUUUUAAAAGAAAGAUAUUUUAUUAACUUUUACAAAAGUUUGAUUGUAUUUUAUCUAGUUAGUCAUGUUUACAUGCAGCAGAAAAAUUGUUCAUAGUGGACUGUAAAACUAAUGCAAAGACGAGUACGUGCUGAAGUUCUUAACCUGGUGAUAUACCAGUGCCUGAGGCUGAGC